GUCUGGUGCGCGGCUUGUCUUGGCCUUUGGGCACCGCUGAUUCCUGCUUUGACGGCCCAGAAGCUGAGAAGAUGCGGGCAGAGGCGUUCAGACGCACACAGCUCCCCCUGACUCGCGUGUUCAGGCGCAGUGACGUGUGAACGGAGGAGAGAGGAGGUGCCCCCUUCUGCUCUGGGCAGAUUCCCGCCCGGGGAGUCUGAGCUGCGGUGGCUGGGCCGACCUGCCCGGCGGGACGGGGGCUUCCUUGCGAGUGUGUUGCAACUGGCAAAUGGAUAAAUUCCUAGUCCGAGGAGCUCUUAAGCUCACACCAGAGAAGAGAAAGCAUCAGCCGGAGGAAGAGGAUGCAGACUGUACCAACAAAAAGAAUGAAACGGAGGAGAAAAGGCCCACGCUUCCGGUGGCCAUCCUGGAUGAACCCCGCCGGAUGCAUGCCAACCCUUGGAGAGAAAUUCGGGCUGAGGGGUUGAACUGCAGCUACACAAUCCUGUUUGGCAAAGCCAAGGCUGACGGGCUCUUCCAAGAAUUGGAAAAGGAUGUAGAAUAUUUUAAAGGGGAGUUGACCAAACUGCAGGUCUUUGGCAAGUGGCACAACAUUCCAAGGAGGCAGGUGACCUACGGUGACUCUGGGUUGACCUACACCUACUCAGGUGUCACCUUCUCUCCCAAGCCCUGGAUCCCAGUUCUGGAGCGCAUCAGGGACCAGGUCCAGCUGGCCACAAGCCACACCUUCAACUUUGUUCUUAUUAACAGAUACAAAGACGGACACGAUCACAUGGGGGAGCACCGGGACGACGAGAGGGAACUGGCCCCUCGCAGCCCCAUCGCUUCCGUCUCCUUCGGGGCCCGCAGGGACUUUGUCUUCCGGCACGGGGCUUCCCGGGGCAGAAGGGCCUUGUGCCGCAUCGAGCCCGUCAGGUUGCAGCUGGAACACGGCAGCUUGCUGAUGAUGAACUUCCCGACCAACCGCUACUGGUACCACAGUUUGCCCAGCCGCAAGAAGGUCUUGGCUCCGAGAAUCAACCUAACCUUUCGGAACGUAAUGGCUGCCUAGCGCCGCGAGACGCGCACACCUGUCCGAUUUGCACAUGCCCAUUCCUUGUCCCUCUUGAAACAGGGGCUUCUGUUCUGAAGUCGCCAACAGCCAC